UAGCAACAGAAUCUUUCUGUGAUCGCAGACCAGAGCCAACAUGGCAGGAGUCGUCGCCAAGCGAGAGGGACCACAUUUCAUCAGUGAAGUGGCUGUGAGGGGCAACGCUGCCGUGCUGGACUACUGCCGCACCUCUGUGUCUGCUCUGUCUGGAGCAACAGCUGGCAUCCUGGGGCUGACAGGACUCUAUGGCUUCAUUUUUUAUUUCCUCGCCUCAUUUCUCCUCUCUCUGCUGCUCAUUCUGAAGGCAGGACGGCGGUGGAACAAAUGCUUCAAAUCGCGGAGGCUGCUCUUCACCGGAGGCCUCGUCGGAGGUCUUUUUACCUACGUCCUGUUCUGGACUUUCCUUUAUGGAAUGGUGCAUGUAUACUAAAGUGAUUUAACAUGAAUAACCCUGACUUAUUUCUGUCUAAUCCUAAACAUUUAAAAUUGUCUGUCCUGCUGUUUGUAGAUUAGGCAUUUGUGAAGGUCUGUUGAUCUACUGUAGGAUAUGCAGGAUAAACAAUCUCACUUUUCUUCAUGCUAAUCUGUAACUGUGAACCUACAGAAAACUAUUGUUUCUACUCUAUACACAGAGUCAUCCACUCCACAGUAAAAGCCAUGGUUAUUAAAAUGUAGGUUGUUGUGUAACGGAUCUUACCGGAUAACACUUUAACACUGUUUUGCUUUACUUUUCAUGUACAAUACUGAGGUCAGAUUAUAGAAUUAUAAAUGUGAUAACUGAUUUGAAUUAAUGCCUCUGUACAAGUUGCUUGUAUAGAUUUGUUAGGCAGUAUCACUAAAUGAAAUGAAACAUGACAAAUACAUUUGUUUCCAACAAUAAAGAAUAUUCAAUAAAU